AUGGCUUCUUGGGAUGAUUACCUUCAUAGUCAACAAAAUAAUGAUGGAAUUCAAAUGACAUGGAAUGUAUGGCCACACUCCAGAGUAGAUGCCCAAAAACUUGUUGUUCCUGUCACAACAUUUUUUACACCUUUAAAAGAAAAACCAUUGGAUUCUCCACAACAACCACCUUUAAAGUAUGAUCCAGUUUUAUGUAUGAAAAGUACAUGUAAAGCUGUAUUAAAUCCUUUAUGUGUUGUUGAUUAUCGAGCAAAGAUAUGGCAAUGUGUUAUCUGCCAACAAAGGAAUCCAUUUCCACCUCACUAUGCUAUGAUUGCUGAAAAUAAUAGACCACCAGAGUUAUAUCCUCAAUUUACAACAAUUGAGUAUACUUUAGCAAAAGCAACAACAUUAUCUCCAAUCUUUCUUUACAUGGUUGAUUUAUGUAUGGGUCAAGAUGAGUUUGAUGCUCUUAAGGAAGCAAUUCAAACUUCACUUUCCUUACUUCCUGCAGACGCUUUUGUUGGUCUUGUCACUUUCGGAAGAAUGGUGGAAUUGCAUGAAUUAAAUGUUAAUCAUAUGUCUCGAUCAUUUGUAUUUAAAGGAACAAAAGAAGUAACAACUAAACAAAUAAAAGAUGUUCUAGGUUUAAGUAUAGGAUCACAACCAGGACAAAGAUCUGGUCCAACACCUGCAGGAGUUCCUGGUGCUCCAGGAGGUGGGUUUCCAAUGGCUCCUGGACAACAAAGACCCGGUUAUGCACCAAUGGGACAAAUAAAUGGUUUACCAACGCAACAAAUUCAACAACAACCACUUCAUCAUUCUGGAUCAACUGUUCCUUAUAAUAAGUUUUUACAACCUAUUAGUGAAUGUGAAAAUUCAAUAAACAAUUUAAUUGAUCAACUUCAACCUGAUCGUUGGCCAGUAGCUCAAGGAAAAAGACCUCAAAGAGCAACAGGAGCAGCAUUUUCUGUUGCUGUGACGCUUCUUGAAAAUUGUUUCCCUAAUACUGGAGCAAGAAUUAUGGCUUUUGUUGGAGGAGCUUGUACACAUGGUCCUGGAAUGGUUGUUGGUGAAGAGUUAAAAAAUCCAAUUAGAUCAUGGCAUACUAUUAAAGAGGAUAAUGCUAUUUAUAUGAGAAAAGCAACAAAAUAUUAUGAUGGUUUAGCAACUAGAACAGUUAAAAAUGGACAUGUUAUUGAUAUUUAUUCAUGUGCCUUAGAUCAAACAGGUUUGGCAGAAAUGAAAUCAUUAUAUCAUUCAACUAAUGGAAAUGUUGUUAUGGCAGAUAGUUUCAAGUCAACACUUUUUUCACAAACAUUCCAACGUAGUUUUGAGAAAGAUGCUAAUGGUCAUCUUAAGAUGGCUUUCAAUGCAACAAUGGAAGUUAAAGUUGGUAAUGGAUUGAAAAUUGAAGGUGUUUUAGGAUGUUGUUCCAGUGGUAAUAUUCGUAAUGCUUCUGUAUCAGAUCAAGAAAUUGGUAUAGGAGGAACAUGUCAAUGGAAAUUUGGAGCUCUUACACCUAAAAGUACAAUUGCUGUUGUUUUAGAUAUUACUGCUCAACAUGGAACAGCUAUACCUCAAGGAGCAAGAGGUAUUGUUCAAUUUGUUACUCAAUACCAACAUUCUGAUGGAUUUAAACGUAUAAGAGUUACAACAACAUGUAGAAACUGGGCUGAUUUUAAUAGUCAACAAGCAAACAUAGCAUAUGGAUUUGAUCAAGAAGCUGCUGCUGUAGUAAUGGCACGUCUUGCCUCAUGGAGAGCUUCAAAUGAAAAUGAUACACCAGAUGCUUUGAGAUGGUUGGAUCGUUCUUUAAUUAGAUUAGUGCAAAAGUUUGGUGAUUAUCAUAAAGAUGAUCCUAAUUCAUUUAGAUUAAAUGAUAAAUUUUCACUAUUCCCUCAAUUUAUGUUCCAUUUAAGGCGUUCACAAUUUCUUCAAGUUUUUAACAAUUCUCCUGAUGAAACAGCUUUCUAUCGUCAUGUUUUGUUUUCAGAAAAUGUUAUUGAAAGUACUACUAUGAUUCAACCUGUACUAUUUUCUUAUUCAUUUAAUGGACCACCUGAACCUGUACUUUUAGACACAUCAUCAAUUCUUCCUGAUAGAAUUCUUCUUAUGGAUGACUAUUUUCAUGUACUGAUUUAUCAUGGUCAAACAAUUGCUGCUUGGAAGAAAGCCAAUUAUCACGAAGAUCCUCAGUAUGCUUCUUUUAAACAAUUACUUGAAGCACCUGUUGCUGAUGCUACAGCAAUUCUUCAGGAAAGAUUUCCAAUGCCUCGUUAUAUUGUUACUGAGUAUGAAGGUUCACAAGCUCGUUUCUUACUUUCAAAAGUUAAUCCAUCUUUAACUCACAACAAUUCAUUUUCACAGGAAGGUGGAGCUCCCGUUUUUACAGAUGAUGUAUCAUUACAAGUUUUUAUGGAACAUUUGAAAAAAUUAGCUGUAACACCAAGUUAA